AUCAAGCCCGCGGCUGUAAAUGAGCCACGUGGAGCCUUCGCUCUAGCGGUGACUUCCUGCUUAGCUCCGCCGACAAGGUGGCUGAAAGAUUAGCAAGGAAAGCAGAAGGAAGGAAAGACACAGAACAUUCAAAGAGAACUAGGGAGGGGAAAAAAAAACAAACAGGCAGGGAGUAUUAGAGAAGAGGAGCCAAAAAAAAAAAAAGUUUGCGAUUUGACAGGGAGGGAGCGGGCGAGCUGCAAGAGGCCAGGAAGGAGAGGCGGUAACAAAUUGGAGAAGAUUGAGGAAGGCCGAGAGAGGAGGAGAAGCGAAGCUGCAGGGGAGGCGAACGAGAGCAAAGCGGGGCUCGGCGCCAGGCGCCUGCCUGUGUGGGGAAAGAGAGGCAGGAGCAGCAGCAGCGAAGGAGGAGGGAAGGGGAAACACGCAAAGCUCGGCGCACGAGUGAAGAGCAGCAGUCGCCGGGAGAGGGGGCGAGAGCGGGAUCCCGGUGGCGGCGGCGGCGGCGGCUGGGGGAGCCGGUAUCGCCGACGCUGAAGAUGCGGCUAAAACUGGGAUUCCUCUUGCGCGCCAUCCUCCUGGUCGGUUCCUUCCUGGGGCUGCUGCUGCUCUGGUCUUCGCUUUCCCCCCGGGCCGAAGAGCCAAGCCCGGGGGAAAGGGUUCGGGAUUAUAAAGAAGCCAUCAAUCUAAUGCCAAACAAUAGAGAUAAUGGUCUAAUUCCUGGAAAUGACAAAUUUAAGCCAGUGUUACCCUGGCCUCAUGUUGAAGGUGUGGAAGUAGACUUGGAAUCAAUUCGACGAAGGAAUAAGGCCAAAAACGAGAGAUUUCCUCAUGCUGGUGAAAAGAAUGAUCAGCAAAAUGUUAUGCAGAGACAGUAUCUUACGUUUAAGCCACAGACAAAUAUCUAUCAUGACCCUGUAUUGCGAUCUGGAAUUCUUGGUAAUUUUGAACUCAAAGAACCUGAAUCCCAUGGAGUUAUAGGUGGUCCUGGUGAGGAAGCUAAGCCAUAUGUUUUAGGACCAGAAUAUAAAGAAUCUAUUCAAGCCAGCAUUAAAGAAUUUGGGUUCAACAUGGUAGCAAGUGAUAUGAUCUCUCUAGAUCGGAGCAUUAAUGAUUUACGUCAAGAAGAAUGCAAAUAUUGGCACUAUGAUGAAAACCUUCUCACCUCCAGCGUUAUCAUUGUCUUCCAUAAUGAAGGGUGGUCUACACUUAUGCGGACAGUUCAUAGCGUAAUUAAAAGAACUCCAAGAAAAUAUCUGGCUGAAAUUGUUUUAAUUGAUGAUUUUAGUAAUAAAGAACACUUAAAAGAAAGACUAGAGGAUUAUAUUAAGCAGUGGAAUGGCCUUGUAAAGAUUUUUCGAAAUGAAAGGAGAGAAGGUUUAAUUCAAGCUAGAAGCAUUGGAGCCCAGAAGGCUAAACUUGGAAAGGUUUUAAUUUACCUUGAUGCCCAUUGUGAGGUGGCAGUAAACUGGUAUGUGCCACUAAUAGCUCCUAUAUCUAAAGACAGAACCACAUGUACUGUGCCGCUUAUAGAUGUCAUAGAUGGCAACACUUAUAAUAUUGUACCCCAAGGGGGUGGUGACGAAGAUGGGUUUGCUAGAGGAGCAUGGGAUUGGAGCAUGCUCUGGAAGAGGGUUCCCCUGACCAAACGUGAGAAGGCAAUGAGAAAGACAAAAACUGAGCCGUAUCGAUCGCCUGCGAUGGCUGGUGGAUUAUUUGCCAUUGAACGUGAUUUCUUUUUUGAGUUAGGCCUCUAUGAUCCAGGUCUACAAAUCUGGGGUGGCGAAAACUUUGAAAUAUCUUACAAGAUUUGGCAGUGUGGAGGAAAGCUACUGUUUGUGCCUUGUUCUCGUGUUGGACACAUAUAUCGUCUCCAGGGAUGGCAAGGAAAUCCACCUCCAGCUUAUGUUGGAUCAUCUCCUACUUUAAAGAACUAUGUCCGUGUUGUCGAGGUCUGGUGGGAUGAAUUCAAAGAUUAUUUCUAUGCUAGUCGUCCUGAAACAAAAGCACUAGCUUAUGGUGAUAUAUCAGACCUGAAAAAAUUCCGUGAAGAUCACAAAUGCAAAAGCUUUAAAUGGUUUAUGGAAGAAAUAGCCUAUGAUAUAACUUCUCAUUAUCCUCUGCCACCUAGAAAUGUGGAGUGGGGAGAGAUUAGAGGUUUUGAAACAGCAUACUGCAUAGAUAGCAUGGGUCAUACCAAUGGAGGCUUUGUGGAACUCGGUCCAUGCCACAGAAUGGGAGGAAAUCAACUCUUCAGAAUUAAUGAAGCUAACCAACUUAUGCAGUAUGACCAGUGUUUGACUAAAGGACCUGAUGGAUCAAAAGUUAUGAUUACACAUUGCAAUUUAAAUGAACACAAGGAGUGGCAGUACUUUAAGAAUCUUCAUAGAUUUACUCACAUCUCAUCAGGGAAAUGUUUGGACCGUUCAGAGGUUCUACAUCAAGUAUUUCUUUCAGAUUGUGACUCAAAUAAAGCAACACAAAAAUGGGAAAUGAACAAUAUCCUAAGCGUGUAGAAAAAAUAGCUGCAUCUACCUACUGACAAAUGUAAUUUGUGUAGAACUGAAAGUAACCUGAAAACUGCUGCAACUGGUAACUUGUAUAGCUGGGAGCCUGGAAUGUCCUGAUCUGGAUAAAGGACUUAGAUGAACUGUGAUAGAUUUAUCAUCUGCAGUUAAUGUUUACAAAAACUGCUCUUACCUUAAACGUCAAUAGAUGUUUACAUCUCUUUGCUUUCUUUUAGGAUGUUGUUUUAAGAUGCUCUGACUUAUCAUUUAAAGUGCUCUGACUUGUUUCACUGGAACAAAGUUAGAAGCACAAGCUUGGAUCCAAAGUAGUAGGAGGUUAAACAUGGGUGAGAGGUAAUUUCCUUUUCCUCUUAAUGGUAACAACCAUAUCCCAGAGCCCUCCUUAAGGACCUUCUGUAAACUUUCUGAAUGGUGUAAAGGGCUGAAAAUCAGCAACUUCCCAGGUGUGUAUAAGUGCCUUUCACUUGGGCACAAGCAAAAGAAUUGGAUCCAAGUAUUUGUUGUCUUCUUUGGGAUUACACUCAGGGGUUUGCAGGCAGUUUUUUUUUUAAUUCCAACAUUCACACUUGAAAAAAGCUUGGUAUAUAAUAUGGGGAUUAUUGACUUGUUAUAUACUGUUUGUUUUUACAUUUUACUAAGCACUGCCACAGGUUUAUAGCCAAGGUGGCCUUCUUUCACAGUCAUGCUGCUUUUUUGAAAAAAGAAUCUUCAGUAUAUUUGGUGCCUCCUUAAUUUUUCCUCCUCAACUAACCAGAUUAAUUCGCUACAGAAUAAAUAUAUUGAAGUCUCUCUUUUCUUAUUAAGAACAGGAAACAUUUGCAAUGCCCUCAUUAUGUUUAAAUAAUCUAAUUUUACUAAUAUACUCUUUAUUACUAAUUAGUACGUUAAAUAAUUGGUGCAAAAAGCAUACCAUUUAUGUGACAUAGGUGUCCAAAAUAGUAAUGUUUAAACAUCUUGAACAUUUUGAAUGAUUACAUUGGUAUAAAGGGUAGCACUUAAAUAUGAACCAUUUAAAUAUGAACCAUUUGUGUGAAAUAGCACUGAAACAGAUUAGGAUUUCUCUAAUUUGAUGCCCCGUGGAAUUUGUUCCAAAUAUAAGCACUAAUUUCCCUGCUAUAUUAUUCGUUGCAUAACAAAAUAUGUCAGAAAUGAAAAAUUAUGCCUAAUAUGCAAUAGCAAAAUUUAUCUAAUUCAGUUCAUAAACUUGAAUCCAAUUUCUUAACAAUUUCUGAAUUAUUUUACAGGCAGAAUUUGGUAAGAAAUCUAUCCAUGUAUAGUAGAAUUGGGGAUUGAGCCUUUGUUUCUUUGGAACAUAACUUGAGAACUUCAUUCUUCCAAAUAAAUAGUUUAAUUAAGACAUUAGAUUUGUCCAUAGCAUGAAGAGAAAAUCAAACAUUGAAGAUUAAAUAUAUACAGCACAUUAACAUUGUGCUAGGAGUCUGUUUCAGUUUCAGAAAUGUACUUGGAAGAAUUCAGUGAUAUAAAUAUAGUAUCUGUCUCCAUUUUUUUAUGAAGAGGGAAGCUGUGCAAUCAAAAACUGCUUUAGAGUUGCAUGUAGGUUCUAUAAUCACACUCCUGUACUUCCUGAAUCACCUUUUCCAAACUAUUUUGGAAGCACUGCUCAGCCCCAAUUCAAAAAGAAUACUUAAAAAAACGUUUGGUUAAUAAAAUACAUUUUUGGCGAGAAUGAAAAAAAUGUCCAAAUAUUCAGUCUUAAAGAGUGAUUUCAAUAAGUACAUUCUGGGUCUGGUGUGAAGUGCUGCACACCUAUAUUCUACUAAAAUAUUUAAUGCAUAGAAUCAAUGAAUUCAGAUUCAUUUUAAAAUUAGAUGAUUUUAUUUUGAAUUACAAAAAUGAGUGGCAUGGUGGCUUAGAGGUGAAGACGCUUGUCUCCCACUCGAAAGGUUGAGUGGUCAAUCCUAGGUGGCAGCAGAUGUUUCCUAGAGUGCAAAAAAAAAAAAAUCUACUGAAAAUGAGUAGCCUCAGGUAGGGCACCCAUCCAAUAAACACUCGGCUACGUCCAGUUGCCCCAACCCAAACACAAAUUAAAGGAUUAUAGGGUUGUAAAAAGGGAGUAUAUUGAAUUACAAAAAUAAUUUCAGUAGUACAAAUCUUUGGCACUGAUUUUAUCUACUAAAAGAGUGAUGGAGAUUCUUUAUUUAAAAGGAUAAAUGUUGACCUUAAGACCAGAUAGAUGUAAUUUAGUUUUAGGGUGAUUUUAUUUUCCAAUUAUCUGUCUUUUGGGUAUUCCAUUAAAAAGUGUUAAUAACUUAGAAAUAAAAGUGGAAGAAGAUGGGGAAAAGGUGAUAAAAUUUCUGGGCACAUUUAAUAUUUCCUUGAAUGAAAUUAUUUCAUUUUUGAAUAUAUAUUAAUCAUAUUACUAUGCAUAAGUGAAAGAGAUUGCACUUUGUGCAGGUGUGUUUGUGCUAAAUGGGUAUUGUUGCAAUCCAUUUAAAAUGAUACUGUAUGUGAGAAUGGAUCUGUAUUUUUAAACGUAAAUCUUAUAAGCCGUUACUCUAAUGACUUUUCAUACUGUAACCUGCUUUUUAAGAAGUAGAUCCCAUGUCCUUGCUCUGUAAGUUGAUCACUAUGCAUUUUUAUUCAUUUUAUAAAUUUGAUUUAUGCAGAUUUUGAUACACUGUAUGUUUCUGUAAAGAUUGUAUAAAUCUAAAAAAGUUUUACAAGAAAUAAUCUGGGGAUUUUUCUGUAUAUCUUCUGGACUGCUUGUUUUAUAGGUGAAGAAAUAAAUUUUAACUUGUGGGUUUAUAAUA